AUGCGCAGAAAGUACAAUCCAGUUGGGAGAACAGAAUUUAUGUCUGAACUUGUAUCUGAUAAGAUCUAUUAUUAUGGUGGAUAUAAAAAUGAGAGCGGUAGAUUUAAUGAUUUUUUUUAUAUUGACCUAACUCGGCAAUUUUCUGACUCUUCUCCUUCAUAUCAAUUUAUAAAAAAUUUGGAUGCUAGAUGUGGAGCUAGUACAGUUUCCUAUAUGAAUAUAAUAUAUGUUUUUGGAGGUGGUAUAGAUGUACCUGACACUAAUCUUAUACUAAUUCAGCCACUCUCAGCGGACCCUGUAAUCACAUAUGUUCAAGACACGAUAUCAACACCAUCUUCAAGAAAAUGGCAUACUUCGGUAAUUGACAACAUGAAUAAGAAAAUGUAUGUUUGGGGUGGAGUUGGUGCAGGCAUGAGUUAUAAAAAUCGUAGUUUUAUCCAAGUUGACGGAAAUAUGUAUAUAUUUGAUAUCGCACAAUCCGUUUGGACUUCAAAUCCUACGUCGAACAAACCUAAUGGUCGUUAUCUUCAUACAGCGACUUUGAUACCUGAUGGACGGAUAAUUAUGAUCGGCGGUGCACUUAGCUCAGAUGUGGGACAGCUUGAUGUAUAUGACACGAAAACUAAUCAAUGGACCAAUAUUACAGCAACAAAGAAUGGUUACAUUCCCUCAAUUAUUCAUCAUUCAGCAAAUCUCUUACCGGAUAACCAGAUUAUUUCACCGACUGGAAAUGCUCCAUCCAUAAUGUCAAGCGGACAUAAAGCUACACUCUAUAUUGAUGUCAUAAUUUUUGCUUUUGGGGAAUACGAUCCCAAUAAUACUCGUUAUUUGAUGAGCCCUGCAAUAAGAAUUCUCAACAUUUCGAAUGGCCAAUAUAGAUGGAUUGAUUCAUACAUCCCUCAUUCAAUUGCUAACCAAACUCAAAAUCCAAGUACUCAAACUUCUCAAACUUCGAACUCAAAUAUAAUUAUUAUUAUUGGAAUUGUUAUUGGUGGGAUUAUAGGCUUAGGAAUAUUAGUAUUACUUGGGUAUAUUAUUUAUCUAUUAAGAAAAAGAAAUUUUCCUAUGGAAAGUAGCCAUGAAGUUAGAUAA